AUGUCUACCGAGGUCAUCAUCCCCGGGACUCUGGUUCAUUUAAAAGACGACCAGGUCCUUUCAAUAAUAAAAGAAGACAACUGUUCCAUUGAUGUCCAAAACAACAAAAUCGAGCAAGGAGACCUUGACACACCACCUACCCCUGGCUCACUAAAUCCACCACCUCCCUAUUCCAAAUGGGAUGAGCUGAGCAUUGAACAAUUACUUGAAAAGAGUCGUGAAGUACUCAUCGGUCACACAGAAUAUUUGGCUAAUGGUGGUGGUGAUGAAAAGGAAAAAAAUGGUGAAGUGAUUAAUAAGAUGACCCAAUUAGAAUCCCUUGUUUCAUCACUGCAAAGCAUCUUGAGCGAUCAAACCUUCGCCAUGCAUGAUCUAAGGUCACAAUUGUCAGACAUUCAAACCGUUCUCAAGAAGAUGCAAGACAAACAAGACACCAUGACGAGUGAAGAAGUCAUGAAACAAGUGGUCACAAUGAAGGCUCUUACCGAAAAUAUUAUGGCAUCAAGUGAAAUCAAGAAACAACUGGAUGCUAGCAACGCUGCAAAGCUUGCUGCGAUCAAACAACAACAGUAUCAACAGGAUCUCGUGGUUGAAAAUAAAAAAAUUGAUGACAAGAUCAUACAACCUUCCUCAAUAGAGGAACUUCAUCAUCCAACGCAUUCAUUAUCUGCGAUCUUAUUGGCACCUCCAGGUAGUUUGCCAAUUAAUCCAAAACCUCGUUCGGUGUCAAGGCAGCCAUCCCGGGCUGUUUCUCGUACAUCUUCACGUAAUCCUUCAAGACCUUCCUCAAGACCUUCCUCAAGACCCGCUUCUCGAACCGUUUCACCUUCUAUCACCCCAGUUUCAUUGUCACGUACAUCGUCAAGGAAUAGACUUGAAUUACCAUCAUCAGAAUCUUUUAAUAAAAUUCACACCAUCGAUGAAAAUUGUGAGGAUGAAGACGAUGACGAUGAAUCUUUUGGUGGUGACACGCAGUUGGAUCGUAUGCUUAAAAAUAUUAGCUCCCUGCUCUCUGAAGCGACAGAAGCUGUUGAACUUCCGGUUAAAGGCCGAGAGAAAGAUAAGCGUACGGUUUCAAACGUCAGCGCGUCAUCUUUUGAUAUGAAUAGUCUAAAACCCGAAGAUGCAGAAUUUGCAAAGGAAGGCAGAUGGCCAAAGAAACAUAAACGUACAAAGAGUAAUAGUAACAAGGACGACUUCUUAAAAAGUUUAAAUUCCUUCAGCAAUAGCAUGACCGGUUUGGAGAAUCUCGUUGCGGGUUUAACUGAAGAAAUUCCAGAAGAUGAAAGUGACGCAAUGAAUGGAAUUCAAUACAGAGUUUCGACCAACGACCUUAUAAACAAUCCAAGUUCGGACGUUCCGGAUUUAGAUGAUUUUACGCAACAAUGUCGUCUCCUUACACGUGCACUCAUCCUUCCUUUCUUACAUGCCACUCACUCCUUUAUGUCCGAAUCGCUUCAAACCACCAGUAAUGUACAGGCACCUAGAUCGGUAACGAGUACGACUCGAACUUUUAUGAACCUGAUGUACUGGACAUUUUUAUUCACUCUCGGUUCCUUGGUUCUAGACGCGUGGUUAUGUGAGGUGGCCGGGCGUCAAGUGAUUCGAAUGGUUGAAUUAUUAAAACCUGGUCAGCCUUUCGGUAUGAUCCCUGGGUAUGGUGGUUACGACAUGGAUCAGCAGGACGGAGGGAUUGGGAUGUUGGAGGAUGGUAAAAAAAAAAACGUCAAAUUUCGUACCGGCCCUAAAAUGAAGGCCGUAACGUGGAAAGGGGUAGAAAAGGAAGUAGUAGGGAGUAGAAAGGGGUGGUUGAAGGAAGGAGCACAAUUCUUGACGAGCGGUCGUUGGGGUAUGAGAUCGACAGUCGGACGAUUUGAAGAUGAGGAGUACAGUGAAGAGAGUGACGAAUGGGAGAUUGUAGAUUUUGAUGAUAGCGACGGCGAGGAGAGCGUAUCGGAGGAGGAAGAUUCUGAGGAAGAUCCCGCCUUAUUGCUACGACGGCGGAUUACGAAUGAACGAUUGAGGCGUGCUGGACACGUAAAAAGCACACACGAAAACGAUCAAAAGAAUGGAGAGGAAAUAGCUGUCAACAAUGGCACGUUCUCGGUCAAAGAAAAAACAGAUUAUAUACAAGAUGAAAGUAAAAUAUCAACAGAACCACAAGAAAAUUGCGAAAUGGAAGAUAUUGUCAAUUACAUGGAUCAAGAUGAAGAAGAAUUAAAAAUACCCGGUUCUUUCCCUACGGCAUUCAAAUGGACGCCACCGCCAACCACAUUGGUCGAUAUUACAGAGAGUGUGCGACGCGUUCGUAGCGUGGUACUUCGCAAGCCAAAACGUAGUGGACCGUUUGGUGGUAGUGGAGAAUUUUGGGUCAUGAAUACUCGUAAGGUUCGAACAUUAAGCAAGAGCAGGGACAAUGACGUUCUUAAAAGUUCUAAUAAAUCUAGCUCUAUAAAAAAGAAGAAAAUUUCAAAAGCAAGUCCUAAUCAAAAAAGAACUUGGGGUAUCUUGUAUAUUAACUUUUCUUAA